GGCCAGACAGCCUGCCAGUUAGUGGAAGUAGCAGGAAGACGCCUACACUGAACAGGUAGAACCUACCUACCUGAUCAAGAUUUCAUGAAAGCUAGGGGAUUAUAAAAUCCAGGUUUAAGUGUCUAUCCAUGGAUGACAUUAAUCCUCAGCCUACCAAGAAAUCGACCUCAACUCUGCUACUUCCACUUGCCAAAGAAGCUUUCACGUACAAGGAAUAGUAGGCCCAUCGUCUAGUGUUUUUCACCAGCGUGGGUUUAAAUUCCUUUGCAUUCUGCGGUGAUUGUCUUCGAAAAUGGGAACCGUGCUCAGCAUCUCCCCCCGAGGCCCGAAGCCUACUUAUGGAGAGUACACUCCUAACUAUGAACAGAUGCAUAACGCUAAAAAUAAGGAGAAAUGUAUGGAAAAAACCAACGGUCAUUUCAAGAAGCAUUCUCUGUUCAUCAACGCUCUCACGUGGAAACACAUUAGCGUACCAGGUAAGAAAAAAAAUGACAAGAACAAAAGCACGACCUCUCGCCACCCACUAGAUAACAUAGACUCUUUGGUAAACAACAAUAAGAACAUUCAGAAGUCGUUGUCAUGUUACAACUUGAAAAACAGUAACAUCGGAUCAGUUGAUGUUGCUAACAAGAAUAACAACAAUUUCCAGAAGGUCGUUCCACCUCCUUUACCCCCAAAACCACCCGUGUUAUCUGGACAUAACCUGGUCCGCCCAGCUCCUCCAGGAGCUCUAACGGUUAACGAACCAAGUGUAACGAGUAGGCCACUCCCGACUCAAGGCGCACACAAGAAGACAGUGAUCCAGGCUUCUACCUCAGAGCUCCUGAGAUCGUUGGGAGAGUUUUUGUUCAAGAAAUGUCGGAAGGUGAAGGACUUUCAGGCUGGAGAUGCUGUUAUGUGGCUUCGGACAGUAGACCGAUCGCUGCUACUCCAAGGCUGGCAGGAUAUCGCCUUUAUCAAUCCCGCUAACGUGGUCUUCCUUUAUAUGCUGAUCAGAGAACUGGUAACUGAUGACAUAGACAGUGAGCAAGAAUUACAGGCUAUCGUGCUGACCUGUUUGUAUCUUUCCUAUUCCUACAUGGGGAAUGAGAUUUCCUAUCCACUGAAGCCCUUUCUAGUGGAAGAGACGAAGGAGACAUUCUGGGAUCGUUGUCUUCUGAUCAUCAAUCUGCUCAGUGGUAAGAUGUUGCGUAUCAAUUGCGAGCCCAGCUUCUUCACUGAGGUGUUCACCGAACUAAAGGCUUGCUGUCCGGCGUCUGGCUAACAAUGAUUGCUUAUUAGAUGACUUAAACUCAAAAGUAUCUACCAUUCAAAUAAAUCUCUAACCCAGAAGAAGAAGAGACUUUCUGGACAGAUUACCCACCAGGAUCAGAGAUUAUCUCAGACAGACUAACUUUUUACUGAAGGAUCACUGUCCAAACUAGAGCUCUGUUAAACUCCCGGAUGACGUAAUUUCGCUUUAGAUCACCCCUGCUUGUUAUUUAAGGUUAGCCGCUUAUAGCAAUUAAAGACCCACUUCCCUGCCAGUCUCAACGUUAGUGUGGAAUUAAUCUACACAAGGUAACCUACUUAGUCCUGUGGUUUGCACUGUGAUAAAUAUAAGUUUACAGCAUUAGACAUUAAUCCGAAUAAAACGCGUAAAAUACAGAAAACUCGAUCUGUUUUCAAUGUUUUGUAGUUCAUUCGAAACUGAAACUGUUAUGUUAUAUAAAGUGUUAUGAAAUAACAAAAUUUCAAAUAAUUAUAUAAUUAUAAUAACAGUAUGUCUAAAGUUUUAUCUUACAUAUAUUUAUCUAGUUAUAUAUUGGAUAAUAAAAGCCAA